AUGGGGAUUGCGCGUAACGUGAUUUGCGACCACUCUUUGUUCCCAGACUCCGAGCAGUCACCGGCUGUGUACUUGAGGGACGACCCACUGUUCGGCAGCCUGCAGCUGCAACAGCACAGCGAGCUUCGUGCACCGACAGCGGAACGUGCCGCCUUCUAUUUGGAUGCGGCAGUCGCGGGCCGACAACGAGAGGACGGAGACGCGCACAUGCUCUACACUCUACACGUUUAUCAGUACAGCGUCGCUGGCAAGGGUGGAGUUGCGGGAGGUAGAAGCAGGCUCCAUCUAAUGGACUUGGGUAAUUCGGAUCGUGGCAAGUCUUCUGGCGGGAUACCCUUGUCCGGAUUAGGCAAUAUCCUGCUAGCGAUCUUCAACGGGCAGAAACAUCUGCCGUACAAGGAGCACAAACUAACCCAAUUACUAAAGGAGUGUCUCGGCUCGUUGACGUGUCACGCCGCGAUGAUCGCCCACGUGUCUCCCAACGCUCAACACUACACGGAGACGCUAACCACCGUGCAACUGGCGUCCCGUAUUCACCGAAUGAGACGAAGGAAGAUCAAGUUCGUGGGUGGGGGCACGCAAGGAACAGGUAGUGGCGGAAGUUCCGGCGAGGAGGCAGCCAGGCAGAACAGCGAAUGCGAUCCAAGUUCCAGCGAUUUGUCCGCGGAUACGGUGAUCUAUGUCGGUCCCAGCACCGACGAUGCCACGGACGGCGAACAUCCUCCCGUUUAUAUACCCAGUCUGAACUCCGGAGACAAUCGUUGCGCCAUGGGAAGAGUGCUUCGUGGAUCCGCGGCAGAGAGACCCUGCAAGAUCCCGGAAGAGCGCAGUCCGGUGCACAAAUCCACCAAGGUAGUAAAGACAUUGACGCAGACAGCCUCGAAACAGACUUCUCCGGCGCACACCGCUACUCCGAAGGCCAGUCCAGCCAGAAGGAGUUCGUCGACUAAAGUUCUUUCCUCGUCGAAGGCAAACGAUUCGCCUGGCAGCAAGAUUCCAGUUGCUGCACCUAGCGGUGGUUCGGACGAACAAUGGAUAGACGGUCCCAGAAUUUCCAAGUCUAAGGUUGCCGAGGCUAGACACAUGUUGAAAGAUCCUCACCACAAGAGGGAGACUUGGAUCGACGGUCCCAUGCAACUGACUGGUCCGCCUACCUUGCAACUACACACUCAGCAACAUUCCUCUGGUUACGGGUUCAUGGACAGCCACAAGAAGAGUAUGAUCAGAAAAUGGGUCGAGAACCAGUCGUCGCAGAUUCAGAAGAGCAGACACGCGGCAGCUAAAAUCGAAUCUUCGAAGAUAUCCGGCCAGUCGUCGCAGUUUAAGGAACUGACGACGUUUAAGACGUGCGGAGGUAUGGACGACGACGACACCUCGUUGUCCACGGUCGAAAGCGACAGUCUGAAGGUGAACGAGAUUGAAGAUAUCACGGAGAAGCUCGGCGCCAAGCUAAAUCUUUUGAACGUCAAGUCCAACACGGAUUCUGGAUUGGAUCUGACGGCCAGUCCUGUUAUGGACGACAGCAUGGACAAAGGAAAACUGGAUCUUCAGGAGGACGAAGACGACGACGAGGAGAUUGUGGUACCUCCGCCAUUACCUCUCAUCGAACCACUUAGCAACGGCGUCAGCAGAGAAGUCUCGAUGGAAAGUUUGAACCUCUCGCACAAGGAUAUUGUCUUGCCUUCCAGACACUCGUUGUCCUCCGAGGACGAGAUCUUAGAGAUUGUCGAGGUCGAGGAUUUGGAACCUGUUCCCAUGCAGGAUUCGUGUCUUCAGGUAACGGAGGAGGAUAUCGCGAUGUGUAUGGGAGAGAAUCCUUUACCCGAGAGCGAUCAGGAGGAACAUCCUUUGAGAAUUCUCAGUCAGGAGAACCUCACCGUCGUAUCGACCUUCACUGACUCGAUGUCGGUAAUGUCAGACACGGAACGGUACAGGCCUCAAUAUCCGCCUCCGGUCGGCGCCGGUGUGUUGCCCAGACCUUAUUUCGACCACGAGGACUUCCUAGAACAAGAGACCAGGCACAAGUUCGACCAAUUGGCUCGACUCCACGAGCUCUACCAAAGUAAGCUGGCGCUCGCCAAUGUCUCCAAUUCGGUCACUUAUCAAAGGGAGAACUCGUCGAACGUGAACGUCAGAGAAGCUCCAUCCGCCCCUGUCUUCCGUCCACCGUCGCGCUGUCAAUCCUUGUCCCUUUCGGACGUGAUGUUCAACGACAAUGCGAGCAAUCACGGCAGCAUCUACAGCGAGCCCGCGUACAUUGCCGGCAAGUCCGAUCAGGAGAAGAUCUGCGACAAUUGUCGUCAGAGCAUGACCAGACCGGCCACUGCUUCUUACUGGUAUCCAAACAGCGUAGCGCACAUAGCCAGUCCCAGGAGAUACUGUGGGAAACUUGGCGAGUGCAACAUCUCCAGUCUCCGGCAUCCUGACGGUGCUUCGAACCCUAAUCUCAAGGAAGAAGUGGAAAGGUUACCGGGAAAUGGAGCUUCGGGUUCAGAUCCAGAGGAGGAAUACGUCGAGGCGAAGAAACUGUUCACAGCGGCUGAGAGGUCUGAGAGGACUGUCACUGGCAAGUCAGAUAUCGAGGAAGAUCUCAAAGUUCAAGCAACAACACCGCUGCAGUUGUCUAUUCCAUCGCCGGCGCCAUCCUCAGGUCGAGUGCAACGUAAAAUUACUAGUUUGGGCUCUUCGGUGGGUUUGAACAAGGAAGGGUACGAUUCUGGUGCGGAUUCCACGCCACGCGCAGCGAAACUCUCGCCAGCUACUUUGUCCAGGCAUCGUGCGGAAAGUUCUGGCUACGACAGCAUCGUUAGAGACAGUGAAACGAGCAGUAUCGCAAGCGACUCGUCCAGGCAUACCGGAGCUCUUCAAGAACACCAAGCGGUGGAACAGCGGGUGGCAGAGUACGGGCUCCGGUCACGGGCCCAGUGCCGGGCCCAUCUGCCACGGGCGCCAUCCGCGCUACUGGGGAUACUCGCUUACACAAGCGAGGACGUGGACAUCCUGGACAAGCGCGCGCGGUUGCGCUCGGAUCCACGAGGCACGAUAUCCAGGAUACACAACCUGCGACUACGGCAGCGCCUUCUUAGGUUAGAACUACGUGACGCUAAAAGGCGCUUGAUGGUGCCUGAUGCUCGCUGGAGCUACGAUCUUCAUGUUGAAGAGAGUAUGGACUGGCGAGAUCCGUCGUUCUUAGAAGCGCUCGAGGCUGAGACGUGUAUUCUACGCAAGCGAGUGCAAGCUUGCAAAAGCCACGUCCUUUUGAUCACCUGCUUCGACUCCUGCCCAAGGCAACUGUGCACGCGACAGGCGGAAACGCCUAUAGGCGUUCGAAUCACUUAACCUAGACUUGGAUCAGCGCGCUCAACUGCGUGCUGAUCGUUAACGGAUCUCUAUAUGUACGAUUAGAAACGAGACGAGCGAGGUCGCUGAUGGGGGGGGGGGGGGGAAAAAAUAAACAAGAAAAGAAAGGGGAAUCGUUGUCACGAUGUCGCUCGACUCCGUCCAGUAGUUGUUAAAUGACAAAUUUAGUCGUAUCGUGAUCAUCGUCGCCAUUGUUACGCAUGUGUAAUAAUCGAUCGUAAAGGAGCUUCAAUCCCAUUUUUUCACGAGGAUAAAGCAUCAUUUGCGUUGAUGUGCUGAGAAAUUUGUUGCGUUUGGAUCGCAGGCCGUCUUUUGGAUCUCAGCAUUCCAGAUUAAGAGGAAUCGUAAGAUUUUUACUAUGAUUUCUAAGAUGUUCUAGCCAUGUUAAAAUUGUUGGCCGAGAUGGCAUAUGGAACGUGAGACACAUACUUGUUGAAUUAAAAUAAUUUAACGUACAAGUUGGUGCUUCAUUUUUUAUACUAAUCGACCGUCAAAGACUCAACUUUUAGGUAAAUUCACCGAAUCGCUGCUUCUGGUUUUAAUUGUAAAAGAAUUCCAAACCACCAAAAGAAUAUCAUCUGUCGUAAUUAGAGACUGCUCUUCGUACCUUUAAGCUUCGAGAACAACGCCAAGAUAAUUAGAAAGAAAGUGAUCUGAUCCGUUUAGAACCAGAUGUGCAGUAUUAAA